UACCCGAAGGAAGCAUAUCCUCGUCCUUUAAACUACCGAGGUCCCCCCAAAAGGAGCUUCAAGGAAACUCGCCAGGGAGGACAUCAGAAGGAACAGCGGAAUCGCCUUUACGAGAAACCUCGUCGUUAGAACAAGGAGACGCAUCCACUGGCGAACAAGCUUAUCCUGGUAGCAAGUCUUUUAUCAGGGAAGCUUUUUUAGCACAAGGAAUUCCGGAGGUUUCAAUUCCACUCACACUUCAAUCAUUAUCAACCAGUACCAUCCAGCAGUACAACAAACCCUUGAGGUUGUGGUGGAACCACUGUAAAACGAAGGGAAUAUCAAUGUUCGAAGCCCCGGUCCAGGAUGUCUUAAAUUUUUUAACGUCAUUAUCCGAAUCAAUAAAAACAUACGGCACUCUAAACAGUUACCGCUCCGCCGUAUCUCUUGUUUUAAAGUACGACCUUGGAAGUAACCCCUUGGUCAAAAGAUAUUGUAAAGGUUUUUCAAUCGCCAAACCUUCACGUGCAAAAUAUAAAGACAUAUGGGACCCCGACAUCGUCUUGCGGUACCUAGAGGAACUCGGCCCUAACGAAAAAUUAAAUUUAGAAACUAUAACUAAAAAAUUGUUAACUCUCCUUGCGUUGUCUACCGCUCAGCGGUUACAGACUCUGGUAAAAAUAGAUAUUCAUAAUAUUAAAAUUCAUAAUAAUGAAAUAAAAAUUUACAUUCCGGAUAGGAUUAAAACGUCCAAGAUAGGGAAAGAGCAACCUAUGUUGCGCUUUCCCUACCUUCUAGAACAGCCGAAUCUCUGCGUCGCAACCUUCAUUAAAGUAUAUUUAGAAAAAACAAAAACAAUAAGAGAAACAGGAGUGAACUCCUUACUAUUAACUUUUAAAAAGCCACAUCAUCCAGCAACCGCACAAACAGCCAGUCGUUGGCUUAAAGAUAUUAUGAACGAAAGCGGUAUUGAUGUCACCACGUUCGCAGGCUACAGCUCAAAACACGCCGCCGUUUUGGCAGCCCAACGCAAGGGAUUAGAUAUUGAGAGCAUUAGGCUUGCAGCAGGCUGGUCUAAAAAUUCUAAUGUAUUUGGAAAGUUUUAUAAUCGUCCCCUCCGAGAAAAAUGUAAUUUUGCGAAGACAGUACUUGAAUGUAAGAAAUAAAAUUUGUUCUUCAAA